CGCAACUCGUAAGUUAGUGCGCCUUCGAGUGUGAUGUAUAAUCAAACAUCGAAAGUGCAAAAAGUGAAAAGUAUCGAUAGAAAAUAUAAUUCUUUUGCAUUGUGUACAGAAUUUUAAUGGAAUAAAAUGGAAGUCUCAAAUUAUGAAGUAGACGAAACAGCUACUACCAAUUUGAUCCUUGAAGAUGGAAAUUAUAUUGAAGAUGAUAUUGAAGAAGUCGCUCCUAAAAUAAAAAAUGUGAAAACUGUCUUUUCAAAAUUUUUGGAAGAAAAACCAGUGGUAGCUUAUAAAAAGCUAGUUGUUCCACAAUCAAUGAGAAGUAUUUAUUGGAAAUUCUUUGGUUUUCCUGCUAAUGAAAAAAGUGCCAUUCUAACAAGAGUAAAAAUUGUUUGUUUGCUCUGCAAGACUCAAAUUGCUUAUAAUAGAAAUACUAGUAAUUUAAGAAUGCAUUUACAAAAUAAGCACAGUAAAGAAUUAUAUGCUUUGGAAUCACAUACUCCACCUAAAAAGCAAAAUAUUUCUGCAGAGACCAAAGAAAAAAAAGCUCAAAAAAAAGCAUUAAAAGAGGCUCUGGCUUGUAGUAAAGAACAUUUGUAUACUUCUGAUGUGGCUGGUACAGUUCAAAUUAGUGAUAGCAAUAAUCAAAUUCAAUUUGUAUCAGAUCCUAAUAUAAGAUAUUCUGACUCUAUCGAAAAGAGUGUUGAAACUAAAAAUGUUUCAGGAAAGCAGAGAAAAUACAUUUUACAAAGAGAGGAUGCUAUUGAUAUUCCUGCAACUUUAGACAGUCCUAUAACUUUUGUUGUAACUCAAGAAAAUCAUCAGAGUCCUUUUCAAAAUACCAAAUCUGUUUCAGAUGCCAUUUUAGAAUUUUUAAUUAUAGAUUUACAAGUGCCAGAAAUUGUGCAGCAACAAGGGUUUCAAAGACUUAUAGCUACUUUGAAAUCCCCUUGUCAAAUUCCAGAUAAAAAUGCUUUGGAAGAAAAUAUUAUACCAAAAACAUAUUAUAGCUUUAAAGAAACAAUCUUACGAAACAUUUCUCUUAUAAGUAAUGAAGUAAGCAUUGCUAUAGAAGAAUGGACGUCCAAUAAUGGAGAGAACUUUUUUACAUUUUUAAUAUAUUAUCAAAACAAAAUUGAAGCAUGCUUAGACUCCAAAGUGCUAAGUACAUUACACAUUCCUAAAGACUAUGAUGUUGACCAAUGGAGAGAGACCAUUCAUGACUUUUUACAAGAGUGGAAUAUUCCAAACCAUAAAAUUACUGCAUUUGUUGUAUCAUCUGAUAGAAUUGAGUUGAUAAAUGCUUUGGAGUCUCUACAAAUAUCUGUUAUUCCUUGUUUACUUUAUUCUCUCCAAACUUGUGCUCAAGCUUGUUUUGAAACUUACAAUAUAGCUCCAGUUUUAUCCAAAUGUCGAAAUAUUAUUGGUGCAAUAGAUAGUUACUCAGAAAUGUCUACUUCUUUUCUUUCUCAAGAACAAUGUUAUGGGCUAGAAGAAACUGGUAUGACUAUAGAUUCUCCAGCUAUAUGGACAACAACAUAUUCUAUGUUGAAACAAAUUUUUUUACAUCGUGAAAUUCUUACUUCAUUUUUUACUAAAGCAGAUCAUCGUGUAAAUCUUUGCCAUCUUGAGUUAAGUGAAGAAGAAUGGCAGAUUAUUUCUGAUCUUUUAGAUGUACUUCAGCCUUUGCAAGUUACUUUAAUAACACUUAGUGAAGAAAAAAUGCCUUUAAUAUCAUUAUUGAAACCACUGUUAUGGCAGUUGGUUUCAACCCAUUUAAAAGUUAAAGAGGAAGAUAGCACAAUAUCUAAAUCUUUAAAAGAAUCAUUAAUAAAUAUGUUGUGUAAUAAAUAUGCUGAUCAGGAUGUCAGUUUAUUAUUACAAAUUUCAACUACUUUGGAUCCUAGAUUUAAGAAUGUACCUUAUGCAACAAAUGAAGAUAAAAAAAUCGUUGCAUUACCUAUCAAAGAAAUGCUUAUAAAAAUUAUUCAUGAUAAAGGAGAAAGUGAAAAUUUCACAGAUGAGCAACCAGAAAAAAAGCCUAGAUUGUCAAGGAUGGAAUUUUUACUUGGGGGCCUCAAUAAAGUUCAUAAGCAAGAUAUGUCAACUUCUGAAAAAGCUGACUUAGAGUUGGCACAGUAUGAGUCAGAACCAACAGCUCCAUUAGAUAGCUGUCCUAUACAAUGGUGGUAUAAGUCAUCUGUAAAAUGCCCAAAUCUCAGUAAUUUAGCUGGUAGAUAUAACUGCGUUCCAGUUUGUUGUGCUCCACCAUCCAGAAUACCAUUUGAUAUUCAAAUUGAUUAUCACAAGAAAAGGGCUGCUUUACCAACUCAUUUAAUAGACAAAAUGAUUUUCCUUCAUGCUAAUCAUAAUCUUGUAUAGUUGUUUUAAUAUAGAGUAAUCAUAAAUUCAUAAAAUAUUUACACUAUUUGGAAACAAAAGUUUAAAUAUUUUUAUUACUUGAUUCUUAAAUAACUAA